AUGGCUCUGGCUUCGAAACAAGAAAGAACUUCCAUAACCGAAGCCAUGGCGUUGAACAUGGUAGCAAAGAACAUAGCAGCUCCACGAAGUCAACGAGGUCAAAAAGUCGGCCGUGGUUUGUCUUGGAGGACAUUCGUAUCCCAUGGUCUCGAAAAAUUGUUUGGCCUUGGUGGCUGGACCAAAAUAAAUUUGGUAGCCUUCGUAAAGCAACAUGACGUUAUCAAACAGGUCGUAGGAGUCCUCCGAGCACUGGUAAACAGAAGUGAGGGGCGUAGUGUUCAUCACGGUGGCAGAUGUCUUCAAGGCUCUCAAAAAUUCCAAAGCAGUGGCGGAAUCCAAACCUCUGGUGGAAUUAUCCCAACAUUGGAUUUUGGAUCCGCACAACGAGAGCUCGGCAGUGGAAACACGCUUACGCUCACCACCAGAAACACCCUUGAUGAAGUUGUUACCGACCUUGGUGUCGAAAGUGUGCGAAAGACCGUAUGUGGCCAUAUAAACCUUGGCCAUGUGGAUGGCAUAGUCGUCGGCAGACACACCCUCCGGUCUGUUCUUUGGGGUCUUCAACCUAGCAGCAAACUCCAAGGUCUGACCAACAGUAAGCUGAGGGUAGUGCUCGUCGUUUUCGGCCGAAAACGUGACUUCUCCCUUGUAGUGCUUGAUGAUAUCUUUUGGAGUGAAGCCGUUGUAGGAGAUGACACUUUCGGGAGCAACUUUGAAACCAAAAGUCUGCGAAGCGAUGGUUUUCAGGAAGGUGGAACAUCCUGCACCAGGACGACCCAAAACAAGUGUGAAGGUUCCAGGAAGCAGCAGUCCGUCCAUUGGUUUCAGAAUAUCAAAAUACCGCGACUCGACCUUGCUUCUGAAAGUGUUAUUAAAGGUCUCCAUGACGAACUUGAGCGGGGCCGUGACAAAGGUGGUUUGGUAGUCCUCGCCGGAAACGACACCACGAGCGCGAAGGUUACGGAAGGCGACAGCGAGCGUGGCCGGCUUGUAGUAAUCGGGAUCAGAGUCCAUCAGCACACGCAUGUUCUGGAUCCAUAG